GAUUCGUGCGCUUGAGGAUAUUCUUCCAACUCCGAUCCUGUCACAUCCUGCAACUGGACGAACUAUGUGGGCAUCGUUUGUCCUACUCGCUCUCCUGAUUUGUGUCGCGUCUCGGAUAUCCAAGUUCCUCGAUGGCUUGAAGAAAGUUGGGUAUCUUCCGGGAUUCCGAUGCGCAUUUGCAUCAAUGUCUUUCCCCGGGUCCAUGCUGCCCACGAACUACUUCAAUCCAGGUUUUGACUGGUGUUGGAAGUGGAAGCAUAUCGUCUACACCCGCUCGAUAGACGUCGCGAAGCAGAUCCUGUGCAGUCCUCAAGGCUACUGGAAAGAUCCUGAGCAUGUUGCACCCCUCACGAUCUGGGGCGACAGUCUUCUUACCGUGAAUCACGAUGUGCAUAGGAAGCAUCGAAGGAUUGUCGGUCCCGCGUUUAACGGCUCAAGGCAGGCUCUUUUAAGGCUCUCUAUUUACACUCUGGUUGCGCAAGAAACUUCACGCCUUUAUGCGGAUAUGAUGGAAAGCGAAGGCUGGUGCAAACAAGCAACAGUGAAUCUGGAACCGAUAAAUCCUCACCUUGGCAAGUUCACCCUAGGCGUAAUAUCUCGAUGCGGAUUCGGACUUCCAUUCCCUUGGACUAGCGAUACUGCUGAGGGCAUGUCUUUCGACCGUGCCUUGACAGUUGUAUCCGCCGGGACUAUCCUACGACUGAUUGUUCCCCGCUGGGCAUACAAGUUGCCGAUCAAGAGGCUCCACGAGAUCGACGAGGCUUUCACCAACUUGGCGGCUUUCAUGCGGACUUUCGUCUCAGAUAAGAAGGCCGAGCUCGCGACGAAAGGCGACGGAACCGGUGGCCUGAAGGGUGACCUAUUCACCCGAUUAGUUGCGGCUAGCGAGGCCGAAGGGAAGAAUGGGCUAGAGGAUCAGGAGCUCGGGGUAUUAUGUAGUGGUAACCCGCCUGUCGCUAAUGAAGAUCCAGAGACAACUGCGCACGUCCUGCAAGCGUGUCUUGCCAUGCUGGCUCUUCAGCCAGAGGAGCAGGAAGUAUGCUAUGAGAAUAUUACCCGGGUACUGGGGGAAAGCCGAGACCCGACUCUGGAGGAUUUCGAUGCGUUGGAUAAAGUAGUCGCAUGCUUCCAAGAAGCCGCACGGAUGUUCCGUACGUGA